AUGGACCCAGGCAUCAUGGACGCCCAUCUCGAUGGUCACCCGCUCGAUGGUCAACUAUCAGAGCUAUGGAGAUGGUACGAGGCCUCAGAGCCGGGUCUUGAUCUGGGUGGCCCUUACCACGCUGUCAUGUACCUCAACUCGUUUGAGCGGGAAUUGAGAUCCCUGCUUGAGAAGGCCGACUCUUUUAUCGAGGAAGGCGCGCCUUCCAAUGAGGCCAAAAUAGUUAACUGA